CCUUACGGGCACGUUUCGGUUCUUUUCAAUCCCGCCGCCGCCAUUUUGGUCACGUGCUCCGGAGCGCGCCCGCAACCGUACCUUAGCAACCGUUGCCAAGGAGUUUGGCUCCUGGGAUUUUGUAUGUACCCAAGUGGAGAAAGGGCAGCGGCGACUGAGUGGGGCCUUUUUGGUAGCUCUUAGUGUGUCACUAUGAGUGAGCAACUGAAAUUCAUUGUUGAAAAACUCAAUAAAGAGCCCUUUAAAAAGAAUUUCAACUUAAUAACGUUUGACUCACUGGAGUCCAUGCAGCUAUUACAGUUGCUCAAUGAUGUUCUCGGAGAAAUUGACCCAAAGCAUGUUGUUGACAUUAGGGAAGAACUGCCAGAGCAGACUGCCAAACGGAUGUUGAGCCUUCUUGGCAUUCUUAAAUAUAAACCUCCGGGAGGUACCAGUGACUUGAGUACGUUUCGCCAAGGUUUAGUUACUGGAAGCAAGCCGGUCAUUCAUCCUGUCUUGCACUGGCUCCUUCAGCGAACCAAUGACCUCAAGAAAAGGGCCUAUCUUGCACGCUUUCUGAUCAAAGUGGAAGUGCCUGCCGAAUUCCUGCAAGAUGAUACAGUUUCUGAUACCAACAGACAGUACGAAGAACUAAUGGAAGCCUUCAAAAACCUACAUAAAGAAUGCGAACAGCUCAAGACAUCAGGUUUCUCAACUGCAGAAAUACGAAGGGAUAUCACUGCUAUGGAAGAAGAGAAGGAUCAGCUGAUGAAAAGAGUGGAGCGUCUCAAGAAGCGGGUGGAGACAGUGCAGAAUCAUCAGCGAAUGCUUGAAACAGCCAGGCAGCUUCGAGUGGAGAAAGAGAGAGAGGAAUCUCUUGCCCAGCAGAAGCAAGAGCAGAAGAACCAGCUUUUUCAUGCAGAGCAGAGGCUGCAGAGAGUCCAACUCCAGCUCAAGGAUAUGCGUCAUGCAGCAUUGGAUUCAAAGCCAGAAAGUUUAAUGAAGAGACUGGAAGAAGAGACGAAGUUCAAUACAUACUUGGUCUCUGAAAAAUUUCCUCGAGAACUGGAAUCAAAGAAGCAGUCACUGUAUUUUUUACAAAAAGUGGUUGCAGAACCAGCAAUGAGCCAGUCUGACAUCACUGAACUUGAAACUAAAAUAAAAGAGGUCAACGCACAAAUAAAUCAGUUAAUUGAGAAGAGGAUGAUGAAGUAUGAGCCAAUCGAUAGUAAAUUUUCAAUGUAUCGGCAACAGGCCUCCAUAAUUUCGCGGAAGAAGGCAGCCAAGGCAGAAGAACUUCAGGAUGCCAAGGAAGAGUUGUCCAACUUGGAAAGACAAAUGCUGCAAAAGUCAAGCCAGGCCCAGGAGCUGAAUGGUGCAGAGGUUUUAAAAGGGGAUGAGUUUAAGCGUUACGUUAAUAAGCUUCGAAGCAAAAACACACUUUAUAAAAAGAAGCGUCUGGAAAUAGCAGAAAUUACAGCUGAGUUUGGCAUCCUGCAGAGAACUGAGGAGCUUCUCACACAGCGCCAUGAGGACAUCCAGCAACAGUUGCAAACAAUUGAAGACAAGAAGGGUAUUUCUGGAUACAGCUACACACAGGAGGAACUGGAGAGAGUGUCUGCAGUGAAGAGUGAGAUGGAUGAAAUGAAGGGUCGAACUCUGGAGAACAUGUCCGAAAUGGUCAAAAAGCUGAACGCUAUGGUUGCUGAUAAGAAGUCAAGCCUAGCUCCAAUUAUCAAAGAUUUAAGGCAGUUGCGACAGAAGUGUCAGGAAUUAACCCAAGAAUGCAGUGAGAAGAAAUCCCAGUAUGACAGCUGUGCAGCGGGCUUGGAGAGCAAUCGUUCUGCACUGGAGCAGGAGGUGAAGAGUCUUCAUGAGGAGUGUGUUCAGGAGGAAAGCCACUAUCAUCAUGCCAACUGCAUGAAAAGAAUUCUAGAAGUUUACCUCCAGCGUGCCAAAGAUGAGAUGAAGAUGUAUGUCUCUUCGGAUCAACAGGAAAGAAGAAAGGCAAUCAGGGAGCAGUAUUCCCGGAUGAUCACAGAACAAGAAAACCUUGGAAAGAAACUGCGAGAGAAGCAAAAGGGCAUCCGGGAAAGUCAUGGCCCAAAUCUGAAGCAAGUGAAAAUGUGGCGAGAUUUCCAGUUAAUUAUGGAAUGCAAGAAGGAGUGUUUCCUAAAGCAACAAGACCAAACAUCCAUUGGCCAAGUAAUUCAGGAAGGAGGAGAGGACAGACUGGUCUUAUGAAAACUAGGACCUUUGUGUCCCAGUAGUUCUGAACAGGAGUUUAUUUCCUUCACACUUCCAUUGCAUGUUGGUUUACUUCUACAACUGUCACUAGUUUAGUGGCUCAGCUAGAAAGGUCUUUACUUUACCAGACCAGUACUGGUUUAUGAAUUUGACUGAGAGUCUUUUGCCACUCCUUCUGUUAAGCAGAGAAAAUAACCUUCAUUCUAGAGAUGUUGCAGAUGGAGCAUCCUUUUUAUGACUUGAAGGCCAGAUUAAUGAGUAGAACUGUAGGAAGUGUUCUGGAAAAAUUUGCUAUGUUGGAAAGGGUCAACCCAUCUGUUAGGCCUCUUCGGAGUGACACUGUUACCCCUAUCCCUUGGCCACAAAACAGUAGAUUUUGGAUCCUGAACCUUGGUGAGGGAACAGCUUCUAUAUCAGGAUUUGUAACCAAGAAACAGUGCACUACAGAGCUAGAGCAACUUGUUACAUAGUCCCUGCCCCACACUUAGGCAUACACACACCCGAGACCUUCCAUCUCCCUAGCCACAGGAAAAUGUGGCCAGCUGGUCUUCCAAGGACCACAAGGGCCUGAGCAAGGCUUGGGAAAAGGGAUCUUGAAUUCUUAGCACUUUCCUGUAACUUAAAAUGCAUUUUCCUUCAAAAUACAUGAUGUCCUAUAGUUUCAUUUAGUGUCUGCUCCCUAUAUAGCCCCCAAAGAUUGGGACACAAACUUGCCAGAUUUUGAUAGUUUCCUAAUGAUGCAAGUUAUAACAUUACCUUCGUGAACUCUGGUGAGUUUUACCAGAAUGCUGCGAGGCAUAAAAAGGGCCAUGUGAAAUCUGCCAUUAAAGGGCAGUCCAGUAAGAUCACUGACUUUCAGGGUCUUUGGUAUCCCAUAGCUAUUUUGCAGAAUUCUUCUAAUAUGGAAUAACCCAGAAAAUGUUGUUCUGCAUUCCAGUAUAGACCCAUUACAAAACUGCUUUUUAUGGAACUGUAUGGCCAGUUGAAAUAAGAGCUCUGAUGGUCUUUAGCUCAUUUAUACUUCUUUUAAGUUGCUUCCCUGAACUGGCCUACCUGCCAUAAAAUCCGAAAAGGAGGGGAGUGUUCAAUUAGAGGUGUUCAUUUUCUUAGAUAAAACUUAAGCACAGGCAUUCUAAAAUUCUUUUUGCCUGGCCCAUUGUAAAGAUAUUUAAAAGCAUUAGCUUUUGCCUUGAAAUGAAACACCUAUUUAACCUUUUCCAGCUUUGUUAACAACUAGAAGUUUUAGCCUUCCCUGAUUCCCUAUUAAUUUUUCCAUGGUUGAUGUUUAAGUUCAGUGCAUUACUUUAAUGAAGCUACAGUGACAAUAAAGUUUAACAUCUGCAGUCU